CUACAACGAAGUUGUCCAUCAGCUCGUUCCCGCCCUGCCAGCCAGUCUAGCGUUCUGGAUAGAGAAAUGCAUAUACUCUGUCAUCCCAAUGCUAUCUGUCAAUGUCACAACUGCAGACGCCGUUUUUGACGGAGUACGAGUCCGGAUCUUCGAUGAUGACCGUCCCAGCGUGGGCGCCACACCGGGGGAGACGAAGCUUCGCCCCGCGGUCAUCUUCUUCCACGGUGGUGGCUUUAUGAUGAUGAAUUUAGAUGCAUACCACGGCCACACGGCACACAUAGCCAGGAAUUUCCAGGUGAUGCUGAUAUCUGUCGAGUAUCGUCUAGCACCCAAGCACCGCUUCCCAGCUGCAAUAGAUGACUGCACAGCAGCUACAGUCUGGUUCCUGGAGCACGCCCACGACUUCAACGUCGAUCCGACCAGGGUUGCCGUCAUGGGCGACAGCGCUGGAGGCAACCUGGCUGCUGCCGUGGCCCAGAGGUUGACCUUUGACCCUAAAUACAAAAGCCUGCCCAAGGUGAAGCUCCAAAUUCUGAUCUACCCGAUGCUUCAGGCUUUUGACUUCCAGACGCCUUCUUACCAGCAGAAUGGAGACUACACGAGUGUGAUUAUGAACAGGAAGUACACGGUCAUGGCUGCCGAUAAUUACAUGAACGGAAACUCCAGUCUGGAUUCUAAGAUGUCAAAGAACCUCCACACCUCAGCUGAUGCAAAAACAUCCCCACUGGCCCAAAAGUGCCUGUCCCACGACCUCAUUCCGGAUGAGUUCAAACAGACUGGCUACGAAGCUCCUUCAACUAACUUGGGUGAUGAGAGCAUCUACAACGAGAUUAAAGAGGUUCUCCUGGAUCCAGACUUCGCUCCUCUCAUGCGAGAAGACCUGAGAGGACUCCCAGAGGCUUACAUCCUGACCGCCGAGUAUGACGUCUUGAGGGAUGACGGCAUCAUGUACGCCAAGCGUCUGGAGAUGGCGGGAGUGCCAGUCGCUUGGAAGCAUUAUCGGCGGGGCUUCCACGGAAUGUUUGGCGCCUUAUUCGACUCUCCGACAGAAAAACUCGGACAGAUAGAUUUUGCAGAAUAUUUAAAGGAACAUCUAUGACAAAGACGUUGGUUAGUUAGAGCUUCGGUUUGACACUUGGCAUUCACGAGCAAUAUAACACAGAUCUUCAUAAUUAUAGUAUUUGUUGGAAAGGCGGGUUUUUUUAUACUUUAAAAGUAGGUAUAGAUCAUAUUUUGUCAAUAAUUGUGCAUUUCUUUCCGUUCGAUUCAAGGCCAAUAUGUGUAAAAAAAAAAAUUAAAAAAAGUAAUCUUAGAUACCAUUUUGAAAGACCUAAUUAAUGGAAAGAAUUUGCUGCAAGACUUUGCUGCAUGCGAGGUGUAUACAUUUGGUUUCUUUAUUUAAUUAAAGAUUCUAUUUCUAUUCAAAUCACUCCCAUUAUAUUCAUCCGCGGGUCAACUUGGUAGAAACUGAAAUGAACCAGCCUCAGUGGUUCGCUCAAAUGCCAUUGGAUGGUUGUUUGUUGGUUUUCAUUUGACAAUCUCCAUGGAUAUCGAACACAGACAAUAAACAGCAAAUUACUAAUCAAGAUAUCAGAGGCUUUGUCGAGGAUAGCACAAAAGAAGCUACCAGCACCUCAAUUCCAUUGUGGUCCCCUAUUUAAAAUGAAAAUGAAAGUUGCCAGAAAACAGGGCGUUCAAUUUAGAAAGGAUUUAUAUUAAAUGUACAUACCUCUGUC